CUCUAGAAAGUAAAGAAAAGAAAAGAAAAAGAAAAAAAAAACUUACCUUCUCCCAUUCACACCAAUGUUGAAUAGUUAACUCUGGUAAUUUCUGUGAAAUGAGUGAAAUAGAACAGCUCACUGAUGGCCCUGUGUAUUUGACAUGAGUGGCUGACAUUGAGUUAUCUCCUACAUAUGGGCGAUGUCCUUUCCUUUGUCCUCAUCCUAUGGGAAUCGAGUGCCGCACAGUAAACACUCAGACACCCUGGAAUGAGACCGAAGACACCCUUAGUGUACCAUGCACUCCAGAAGGAGGAAUAGUCUGUAUUAACAAAAAUCAGCCGGAUAAAUUGUGUGAAGAUUAUGAAAUUCGUUUACAAUGUCCACCAGACCAAGAUGAAUGCCUUGAUGGAACUGCCAAAUGUGAUGAAAAUGCCGACUGCUUCAAUAUAUUUGGUGGAUUUGAAUGCAAGUGUAGAAAUGGAUUUGUUGGGGAUGGAUUUGACUGUUAUGAGGGAGCUAGAUGCCGGGUCUAUGGGGACCCUCAUAUCGUCUCAUUUGACAACAGAAAGUUUGAUUACCAGGGUGUGUGCAAGUACAGGCUUGCAGAACCAUGCUAUGAUGUGGGAGGAGUCCCAAAUUUCCAAGUCAUCAACAAAAACCGCUUUAUUGGAUAUACUGGUAAAAAGACACCUCUCUCCCAGGCCAGGAAUGUAUUCGUGGAAGUUUAUGGGUUUAAGAUUCUGAUGGAGCAGAAUUUAGUGGUUAUAAUAGAUGAUGUCGAGAUUACUGUGCCAAAAAGGUUUGAACCUGCCUCAUUGGAUUGGCCUGGAUCGUACCUGGAAAUUAAACCACAUAUUUAUGGCCUGGAAUUAGUGACAGACUUUGGGCUUCGAGUUUUAUUUGAUGGAGAGAGGAAAGUUGAGAUCCAAGUGCCUAGCACAGUUAAGUCCCACAUGUGUGGAUUAUGUGGAAACUACGAUGGCAAAUGGAGGAAUGAUUUCCGCAAACUUGAUGGCACUGUUGUUGACUGGUUAUCAGCUACUGAAUUUGGUGACUCUUGGGGAGUGAAGGAUGAUGAUCCAAGGUGUGUGCAGAAGACACCCCCACCUGAGUCCUGUAGUCAGGAGUCCAUCCUCCGAGCCACUGAAAGGUGUAAGUUGAUCACAGAUGAAAGUGGACCAUUUGCUGAGUGUCUGACGACCCUGGGAGAGGAGGCCAUGGAGUAUCAGGAAUCUUGUGUCUACGACAUGUGUAGUAUGGUAGAUGACGACACCUUACUCUGUCCAUCAUUUGAAGCAUUUGCCAUGGAAUGUGAAGUUAAAGGACACAUUGUAAAUUGGCGAACAAAAGACAGAUGUCCUAUGAAUUGCCCAGUGAACAUGCACUAUAAAGCCUCUGGAACUGCCUGUAAACCAUCCUGCUUUGGACUUAGAAGGACCUUUACAUUGCCCAGACCCACCAGCAGGUGGCUGCUUCUGUGACGAAGGCUAUGUUUUGAGUGGUACAGAGUGUAUCCUUGUUGAACAGUGUGGCUGUAGUGUGGGCGGUGCCAGUUAC